AUGACUCCAGAUACAGAAACACCAAAUAGACGACUCCCAAGCUUAGUACAGCUAUGCCAACGAGUGGCCGCGUUGCACGUCGAAUCUAUCGAUAGUUUUGAUGACGAUAUGUCUUUUGACCUUGUCCGACCAAUGCUAGAGUACUGUUCCGCGGAUCACCUUCUCAGGCUGGAGGGUUCCACUGCCAAUUUGGAUGCAAUGACCAAUGACUUAUGGAAAACUCUUUGUUACCGCCACCACCCAAUCGAUGCUUCGAAACGUAAUGAAGAGCAGCCGCAGGAGCCUCCUUCAUGGAGAGAUGAGUUUUUUACUCUUCGUGCCAUUGAAGCGAGACGGUUCGAAGAGAUAGGGUCGCGGAUCCGUAGCCAACGCCUGGAAGCCGAGGGACGCAAGCGCGAAAAGGAAAUCAAGUUCACAAGCACCCCUCCUCCUGCGAAGAGAGCCCGCGGAUGGAACGGUACCGCCCAACCAAAGUCCCUGUUUCAGAAGACUCGGACAGAAGCCACAAAAGUGCAGAAGUCCAUGUUCGGGCCACAACUGCGACCUCCUAUGCUUACCGCGAAGUCAUAUAGCAAGCCAGCCCUCACGCCACUCCUGUCACCACCACCUUCCAUCAAGUCUGCUCCGUACCCAUCUGGUAGCCGUGUCAUCGUCAAAGCGUACCAUCCCCGAAGUCACCAUGAGACAUCUUUAGAGACGUCUGAUACCACCACCAGCGCUUCCCUUCAUUCACUGUCCCCCACUUCAUCUCACUCCUCAUCAUCUUCUAUCGAUCCCCGCGCUGCCCCUCGGCCAAUCUCCGUGACCCAUACUGCAUCAACCGGGAACUUCACCGUUGACAAUGCUUGGCUUCCUCCCACCCACUCAUCUCCCACACCAUCUCCUCCCAAACCUCCCUUGGGUGCAAAUAACCUUCGUUUCACCCCGGAAGGUGAAGCAUGUCUACAGGCUCUCCCAUCUAGAACACCAUACAUGUAUGUCACCCCUUCGGAGGCCCAGUCUCCGUCGUGCAAGCACACCAAGAAGCCUGCUAGGUCGGCCUUAUUCAUGCCUAAACAUCGCGCGCACUCACAACUCCCUUCUGGGGCUCGAGGGACGGCAUAACCUCAUUCUCUCUGUGCAGAUGCACUGCUCUUGUCUACCCAGUGACCCUGCUAUACGGUCACCUCUGGCCCAUCGACCGCCUUCUCUGGCCUCGCUUAUGCCCAUUCAAACUCGCCAUUUUCACAUUCUCCCACAUCCGUCGCAUUGCAUCACAUCUUUAUCCACUGCUUUUUACCGUUGUACUCUACCCUCUUCCUCGGUAUCCGUUUCAUCCACGUUACUCGAGCUCUCUGUACACUUGUCGCCACGCCCUCCCAUUUUAUAUUAGUUAGCAUUUGCACCCACCCAUUUCUGGAUAAUGUAUCAGACCG